AAUUAAUGUAAAACUACCAAAAAAAUAUUGAAAAGUGGCACCAAAAAAUCACCAGACAUAGCAUGACCUCAAGUGAAUAGCAUCAAUCAUGACAGAGACAACAAAAUCACUACCUGUCAGACAUUGUGCCUUGCAAAUGUAUUCAAACCUCUUGAGAUUUUCACAUUUCAUAACAUUAGAGCCACAGAUGUUGGUGUAUUUUAUUGCGGUUUAUGUGACAGCUCAACCAAGACUUUUGCAUAAAGUCUUACGCUUCCUUCCUUCCUACAUUUAAGAAGCAUGAAGACUUCUAUACUGUAGGUAGAGUAACAACAUUUAAAGUCCCACAAAAUCUGGAAAGAAAGAGAAUUUCCAAUUAAAAAAUGGGUAAAUAUAAAAAAAUAUCAGCCAACAGAAGAAAAACAACUCUGUAGGAGUCAAAUAUGACCACAAAACAAUGGCCUAAACAAAGUAAAAUAAAAAACACAACGGAUGAUCAGACAAAAACUACCACAAAAACAUACCUUCCCAAAUUAGAAAGGAAAAUAAAGGUAUGAUUCUUGUUUAAACACAAUGGACUGAUGUUUAUCCUAUAAUUUUUAACAAAUUCACACAAAUAUGGUCAGAAAUUGUAGUCAGGUUUUGUUUCUCCAACUUAUAGUUGCUGAAGGGAAGUCCAUCUCAUAUUUAUAACGAGUUAAGAGAAGAACUUUAGUGUCAGUCUUUAGGCAUCUAUAUGACUAUUUGCUGUUGAACAACGUGAACGCGCACGUACGGAUGAAGUGGGGUGCCGUGCGCGCGCCCAAAAGCACAGAUUCACAAAAGCAGCAGAUCAGCAGAGAGGUGAACACACACCCAGCCCCUUCUCAGUCUGCUACACCAAAGCGGAGAAGAAACCGGAGCAGUUUGGUUCUGCUGGGCUUUCCCGUCUCCUUCUGGACCAGAACUCGCCACGGAGAUGAGACUUUUAAAAGUCACUUAAACCCAUCAUUUGGAUCCUGCUCACUUCAAACGCCGCUGAUGUCCCACCGCGCUUCGGAUGCAGCAAAGAUGGCAUAACUUUACAUGCAUUGGGUCCAGUUUCGCGUGGGGACAUUCAUCCCAGCUCGGACCCCGUGUCCAGGCAGCUGAGGCCGAACAAGAGGCGAGGCGGCGGGAGGAGGAGGGGGAACCGUGAACCCGGAGCGGCCGGGCGGGAUGGUGCGCCUCUGGAACUGCCUGCUGCUGGGAUAUCUGACCUGGAACCUGCGCAUAUCGGACGCUCAGGGGGAGUACUGCCACGGCUGGCUGGACUCUAACGGGAACUACCAUGAGGGCUUUCAGUGUCCGGAAGACUUUGACACUACGGACGCGACCGUGUGCUGCGGCUCCUGCGCGCUGCGCUACUGCUGCGCGGCCGCGGACGUACGCCUGGACCAGGGGGUCUGCACCAACGACAGGGAGGUGGACAACACGGAGUUUGCCCCGCAGCCCAUCUAUGUUCCUUUCCUCAUGGUGGGAAGCAUCUUCAUAGCCUUCGUCAUCGUUGGCUCCCUGGUGGCGGUCUACUGUUGCACCUGCCUGCGGCCCAAGCAGCCCACCCAGCAGCCCAUCCGCUUCUCUCUGCGCAGCUGCCAGGGGGAGACCAUCCCCAUGAUCCUGACCACGGCCCCGCCCAGCCUGCGCGCCCCGUCUCGGCAGUCCAGCACGGCCACCACCAGCUCCAGCUCAGCGGGUGGGGGCAGCUCCACGCGGAGGUUUUCUCUGGGGGGUCCGGCCCAGCAGCAGCACGGCUGCCUUGUGACUGCCACCGUCUCCUCCUCAGCCUCCACUCCCACUCAGACCCCACAGACUCUACUACCUCCUCCACCACCUCCGCCCUACACAUCACCGCCCAUAACAGGAGCUCUCCAGCACCCACAGCUGCAGCUCCACCAACCCUCUCACCCCGCUCAGAGCACCAGCUUCCUGCUUCCCCAGCAGUACUUCUUCCCCCUGCAGCCCGACGCCUUCACAGCAACCAAGGGCUUUGCUGACUUUGGACAGAGCUGACAGGCAUCACCAGAGGCUUACAGGAACUCCAUGAGUCACUGAGAACAAACAUGGCUGCCCAGGUUGUGAUGUUAAGGACUGAAGGGGUGGACACAACAACAGGCCUGUUUGGGGGCCAUUUCUACAUUUUAUGCACUUUUAUAAAGCCAGCAGAUCCCUGUGGUCUAACUAAACUCUUGUCCAACUUCCUCCAAAAACAUCUAAAUGUCUCGAAAUGUUGUUUUUUUUAAUAGAAGUAUAUUAUACAGAGAAUGUAGGAAGUUUUAAAUGUAAAAAAAUGACACCUGAGAGUGAAGAAACACUUUCUUCGUGUGGAAAUGUGGGCUUUUGUGAAAUGAUUUCUUAAUGUACACUAAUUAAAAGCUGUUUAUUGUCAGUUCUGUGAAGCAUAUCAGAGAUCUACACAAAAACAACUCUAGUCCCCUUGGGUCAGACAUACGGUCAUGGGAAAUAAUGAGAAAACCCUUCAGCAGCUUGUAUGAUUUUGUGACAUUUUGAUAUAAGGACAUUUAAAACAAUCUAACAAUACCUAAAAACACAAGUAUUAUGUAGAAAUACUAAAAAUGAAGAAAAUACAUUUCUAGCUUUUUUGUAAACUGUGAAAAAAACACUGCAGCUUCCCUAAGGGUAAUAGAAAAAGGGCACCUCCAUGUUUAAUUCAACUAAAAUUAAACAUUAUCUCAUCAGAUAAAGGUAAGUUUAUAACAUCUUUAUACUUUGUAUUAUGAUGGAAGUUUAGACCUCAGAUAUCCAGCUUGGUGUCCCACUAACCUUUGAGAGUAAACACCAUGAAGAGAUCCAAAAAGCUCGCAGAAGAAGAUUGGUGCGGUUUAUGAGUCUGGUAAAGGAUUUAUGGAGGUCUCAAAAGAAUUUUAAAUCAUCAUCGUUUAUAAGAGAAUAACGGAGGAAGCAGCAACUAGAAACAGAAAAUCAGCAGGAAGUGGGCAAGAAUAAAGAAAUUAAAUGUCGUUGGGGAGAGUCGAAGCCCAAAUAUUCAUAUCAUUUUGAGAGCGAUACAGACAGUACAUGGAAAAACACCCCAAACAUCUCAGUGACUGAAUACAAAAAUUGCAGUUAGCUUUUAGAGUUCAUAUUUUCUUCCUUUCCUCAGUGUCUAUGAAAUAUAUUAGACACUAAUGUGUGAGGGUGUCCUAUUAAAGCACCUAAAUAAGUGAGUACUUAAUGGGGGGCGGCUAGUGGACUGGUUGGACCAACAAGGUAGCUCCCUACCUGUAGCUUCCUCUUGCGCCAGACUUCACGGCAGGAAUGCAGAGCUGAGAUCCGUCAUUGUCAGUGCUCAAUGAGCAUGGCAUGGUUGCAGUGUUAAAAACAACUCCCUCCAGAAACAGGUUUAUGUUGCAGCAGGAGCUAUAGGGUAGCCUCCACAAAGACCUUUCUGUUCCCCGGUUACCUGACUGUGAAACUGAUCUGGUGAUCAGCAUCUCCUGAAACCUGCCGCGGAUGUUUGCUGCUGCGUGGAGAGGAUGCACAAAGUUACAGCUUUUAUCACAAAAAUGCAUCUUACAGGAUGAGUUUCAGGGUGAACAUCUGCAACACAUUCAACGUCUGUCCUCUCAAAGGAAAGAACAAGUUGGCAACAUAUUUAGAGCGUCUCUGGAGAGAUGCUUUAAUGCAUUUGGAAAGUUAAAUAAAGCUCUCCUUCCAGGCGCACUCAGACUAUUUUUUGUUAAAAGUGUUUUAUGAACUUUGCCUCUUUUCUGAGUUGUAAGCUCUUGAACACAUUUCAGAAAAACCACACAACCUCUGUUUGCCACAAUAACAAGAACACAUUAGUUAGGAUUCUUCAUAUAAUCAAACUCUGUUGUUGGGAUUUGUGGUCAUUUUUCCUAGCGAAACAAUGUAUUCACCACCAUGAUUAACAGCAGGCACGAUCAUUCAUCUAAAUUAUGUCAAAUAAAAAAAGAACCAGCUUCAUGUCUCUUUGUUUGGGUCAACUUUAAACAUCAGAUACAAAGAAACAUUACUAGAUCUUUUAUUUCUUUCUGAAAAUCUGGCUGCUUUAAAAACAAGUUUGUUGAAGACAUAAAUCAGUCUCCCUUACCAAAUAAAAAUAAAAUCUACAAAAAUGGAUUAGUGCCUCUGAAAAAAACCCCAAAUAAAAAUCUGACUUUAAUCUGAGAGAUCUGAUUGUGGGUUAAUCAGAGAACCUCAUUGCUGGGUGAAGACCCAUUUUUCUCUUACAGUGAGGAGGACAGUCUCUAUGAUAACCACUAGAUGCCAGCUGGUUGUUUGGGGGGCUUGGCAGAAAUAAACAUCUCUUCUGUUCUACAGUCACAAACAUUAGGUGGAUUUUUAACUGGAACCGUGCGCUUCAGGUCUCACAAAGCGGAGCCCUAGAAGAGAAACUGUGACACUAUUGGCUUGUUUUUCUUUCAAACACCCUAUAAAACAUUUUGGGAUUAGUGGCAUCAGGAAUUAUUUUUUAAACACCAUUAAGGUCUUAAGUACGGUAAGUAUCCUUGUGGAAAGAAAAAUACUGAAAAUACAGCAGUUCAUCAGGAUAAUGAUGCACAACAUGAAAGAAACGAUUCCUCAACACAGAGAAGUCAACCUUCUUCACGACAGUCUGCAGUCCUAAGGAAUGGUAAAGAUCUGUCUCUGUACGCUCCCACUUUGUAAAAUAUUUUGAAAGUUUAAAUGCUGUCAUUUUAGCAAGCUGGUUUGACAAGUGACUAGUGAUUUAGUUCAUAAACUCAAAUUAAGGGUUGGAUUCUUUCAAAGUUUUAAUGUCAAACUGAAGGCCUGCAGGCAAAAUCCAGCUAAAUCUAAAGGACCACAGAAAUAGAAGUUCAAGAUCACUUAAAUAUUAUUUAAAUCAGUUUUUAUUUGUAUGGUGGAAAAUUUCUUCAGUGUGAAAGGAUGGCAAUAUUUAUUUAUAAAAGUACUAAUUGAAUGCAAAGAAAUAUUUUGACAAUUUGUUAAUAGGUAGUUUGAUCAAUAUAUUCUGCUUCCCUCUGAGGUCAUUUAUUAUUUAGUCAUUUAAGGUUUUUCACACACAGAGGUGCCAAUAAAUCCAGACAGCAUAAACCACAACCCAGCUUAUGGAGCACAGAACCAAUUAAAAAAUCCUGAUGAUGGUUCUAGGGGUUCAAAAAGCAGUGAAAUGACCUUUUUCAAAACUUAAACACCAAAAUGUUCAAUGAGUAAGAAAAGCUUAACUGUGAUGUUGACACAAAGCUAUAAAUCACAAUGAAUUUUUCAAUUUUUUGAAGUUUUCUUUUUAGAGUAAAAAAUUAAGUUUCAUACUGCAGACAUUUUUCCAUUCUUAGUUUGAUCCUUUUCCAAACCUGUCCACAAUUUAAGAAGGAUAAUUGUACUAAACUCUAUUCUCCUCAACACUUUUCAUUUCCAGGAACAUAAAUAUAACCCGAUGAAUGCUACAUCCAUUUCAGUCAGUGCAUUACCCAGCAGCCUCUUCUGUUAAUUUGCUAUCUUUGGAUCACUUCAAAAGAUGGCGUCCGUUUUGUUUUUAUAGUGAAUGCAGCAGAUGCCAACACAGGGGCCCCUAGUGUGAAACAAGGAAAUUAGUCUGGAGGCUUGUCUGUUACAGUCAGACAAUUAAGACUACAGCAAAACCGCACACAAAUUAAUCAAAAAUCUGUAUUUGACCUAUGAUUUCAUAUUUCCUGGUGAUGUUUUUGUCCUCUCUUUCCCUGUUUCCCUGUUGUUGUUGCUUUUAGAAACACACAAAAUUAAUCAAAGAUCUAAGUUAGCCGCUUUUCACUUGAUUUUGUUCAAAUCCUGCAAAAUAUGAUUAGUUUCUAUAUUAUUAAUUCGAUGCAUUAAAAUUGAACUUAAACUUUCAUUAAGUUUGAUGAAAAUGAGAUAAAGGCCAGGGACAUUUCUACAAGCACAGAUUACAUUUUUUUCCCUCUAUUAUGUGCUGUAGUGGCAGAAAAAAAUUAAUUGGCAGAUUCUGCCUAAAAAAAAUCCCACAAAUUGGGAAUAGACCAGGAAGAUCCUAAUCUGAGCAUCACUGGUUGCUCUCUAUACAUGCACAAAAAUCAGCCAGUGUGUUUACACUGUUCCUUCCUGGUUGUAAAGUUUAUUUCAGUAGUCCUUCAUGGCAGUAAAAGACAACACUUAUUAGGUUUGCAGUCCCAACAUGCAGAACAAUCAUUGAACAAAAGAAGAGAACAGAAUCAGACAUUAAAAAGAAAUUGUUAAAAGGUGCAUUUUUUCCAACUUUUGCAAAGUGAUCAACACUCCAGAGAAAUUCAGAGUAGUACAGUUAACACGUCGGAGAACAGUUUGUGUUAUCCAUUCAUGCAGCCCACAACAUUCACAGACGACAAAGUUUUAUGUUCUCUGCAGAAAAAAAAAAGCGACAGUCCAAGUCUCCCACGACGACGGCGACGACAUCCACAUUCAGCUGCUUGGAAAUUUCCGACAACCAAUUAAGUCUUUUUUUUUUAAUGCUAUUAAUGAGCAAAAAACAAGAAAAGUAUCUGAAACU